CGAGACCAAGAUCAAGGAUAAACUCGCGCAGAAUUUGACAUACGCCGUGUUCGAUGAUGUGAUGAAAACUUACGAAGAAUCCGAGGAUUAUAAUCCGUCUGAAUGGGAACAGUAUGGCGUAUUUUAUAUGGAAUAUUUUGUAUAUGAGUGGGGAAUCAAUUCAUGUGACGCAAUUAUACAAACUAAAGCAGCGAAAGAGCUUCUGGAAAUGAUUAAGAGUGUCGAGUUUGACGUUAUAGUGCAGGAUAUUACACUAACUCAAUGUUUAUACGGAUUGUGGGAGGUUGCUAAAAAUAAACCACCAAUAGUAGGUUAUAUUCCGUUUGGCCCUGUACCUUGGCUUAAGGAUUUUAUCGGUGGUCCAAGUUAUCCAACUGUUCGACCUUACACGUAUGUAGCCAUUGCGACACCCAUAGGUUUAUCGCAGAGAACAUGGAAUACGUUAUAUUACAUUGUGGAUGAUCUCAUACGACAUUACUAUUUUUUACCUACUGUUCAACGGCUUGCUGAGAAAUACGUGGGCCAUGCAAUCAGACCAUUACAUGAAAUAGAAAAAGACAGUAUUAAUAUUGUACUACUCAAUAGUCAUUCUACAUUCGAUUCUGGGAUUCCAUUGCCACCGAACACUUUGGAAAUUGCAGGACUGAAUGCUCAGGCCAUAAAACCGAUUGACGGCGAAAUAGUUGUAACGUAUCCCGAGGAUGUGCGUGUAUUUCUUGAUGGAGCAGAGAAUGGAGCUAUCAUAAUAUCCUUAGGAACAAAUGUAAAAUGGAAAUCAAUUGGAUUAAACAAGAUUGAAACCGUUAUACUAGCUCUAUCCAAAUUGAAACAACGAGUACUAUGGAAGACUGAUAUUGAAAUGCCAUUUGAAAUACCAAAUAAUAUAAUGACUGUGAAAUGGAUACUGCAAAAGGAAGUUUUAUCUCAUAAAAAUGUGAGAGCAGUUUGGACUCAUGGUGGUCUUCUCAGCACACAGGAAGCCAUUUGGAAAGGUGUACCAAUGAUCGUAAUGCCUUUUUUUAUGGAUCAAAAGUCUAAUACACAGAUAUUAGUAGCUAAAGGCGUUGGCAUAUAUUUGGACAUUAAAACUUUAUCCACGCAGACUAUAUCACACGCAGUUAAAGAAAUACUUUACAAUGAAAGUUAUACAAAAAACAUGAAACAAUUAUCUAGUAAAUUCCGAGAUCGACCGAUACUGCCGUUAGAUUUAGCUGUUUGGGGCAUUGAAUAUGCUGUCCGUCAUCCAAACGGGACUUUAGUAACAUCGCUUAAAUUCCAGAGCCUGAUAGAACAAAAUCUAAUCGAUGUCUAUGCAUUUUUAUUCUUUAAUCUUAUCAUGAUAUUAUUAAGUGUAUUUUUCACGAUAAAGAUACUUAUUAAUUUUUAUUAUAAUUAUAUAUAUAUCACAUCUAACAAUAAAUUACAUAAGAACAAACAGGCGUAA